CUUAUCGCUCUUCUAGCUUCAAAAAUUCAGCAUGGCCGACAAAGUCAAACCCAAGAAGGAGGAGAAAGAAAAGAAGCCGGACCUCGGGUUAUUGGAGGAGGAUGACGAAUUUGAAGAAUUUCCAGCAGAAGACUGGAACAGCGCAGAUGAAGAUGAAAAGGACAUUAAUGUUUGGGAGGAUAACUGGGAUGAUGACAAUGUAGAUGAUGAUUUGUCAGUUCAACUAAGGAAUGAACUUGAAAAGUUUUGUAAAAAUUCAGACGGCCAUGAACCAAUGAAGAAGUAGCCGAGACCAUUCAUCUGUUUAUCUCCACCAGCCUCAUUUCAUUGACAUUGUGCCAGUUUUGAACAGAAUACAUUGGAGGAUUCAGCAGGACAGUUCUAAUGUCCUGUGUAGUUUCCUAAAUGCAGAGACUGUUAAGAAAGAUGCAUGUGUGAAUUACUGCAUCAUACAAGGUGUAACAAAAUUCAAGAUAUUUCUGCUGUCAUAAUUUAUAAAAGCCAUUUGGUGCUCUUGUAAUACAUGGAUCUGUUCAUCUGACUUCAGCUAAGACAAGUUUUGAUGACAAUUGUAAAGGGUUCAUCUUGAAAAAACUAUUUAAAAACUUGUUUAUUUGAUAUUAAAUAUUGUUUAUUCCAUUA